AUGCCCACCUUGAGCGUCCGGAGUUACCUCCCUUACCAGAUAGGGCGUCGCUCUCCGACGAAAUUCGAGUUUCCUCCUUCCUGUUGUGUGCACCUGAAAAGAAGUCCCGACCUCCUCCAAGCCACCCAGAUGUUAGCUACUUUCGUUCUCGUCUCUCCCUCUCUUAAUCACUUCUCUUUCUCAAUCUCUCUUAUUUUCUUUCUCGUCUCUCAUUCUCUCUCAAUCUCACGGUCACUCUCUUUAACACUUUAUCGUCUUUCUUACUCCCUAACGUCCCUAUCUCUCUCAAUCUCUCUCACUCAUUCUCUCUCACUCUCUCUUUCUCUCUCUCUCUCUCUCACUCUCUCUCUCACACACACACACACACACGUAUACACACGCGCGCACACACCGAACUCUUUGUCUCGGUUCCUUUAUAUGUUUACCGUCCUUUUCUUCCAUUCGUUAUUUUCUGUGGGUUUCACCGCCCUUGUCAGUGUGUUUUCUGUCAAAUCGUUAAAUUCUUUCUCAUUUCCCUACCCAAGAACUCCAAGCCCACCACUGAGCUACACCUUCAAUUCCGAAGUCUGUUUUCUCUCCGUGAUUUCGUUAAUGGCAUCUGGACGUUAA